UUGGCAGUGCUGCUCCUUUUCAUACCAAAGAAUCUGCCAACAGAAAGUCCUUAGCAAAGGGACAACCAUCUAUGGGUUGCCUUAAUCCUUUGGAUUCAACUGCCCCAAAAGUGAAAAGAGGAAAAGAGAGAGAGAUUGCAAAACUGAAACGCCCUACAGCACUAAAAAAGAUCAUUUUGAAAGAGAGAGAAGAGAAGAAGGGCCGUUUAUCAGCUGACCAUAGCCUUUUGGGAUCUGAUGAACAGAAAGAGGUGCAUAUAAACUUGGGUACUGAUCAGUCUCAGGAGCUGGCCUCUCAAGAAGAAACUGGACUAAGUAUGCCUAGUGAUACUUCACUUUCGCCAGCAAGUCAGAAUUCUCCAUACUGCAUGACCCCAGUGUCACAAGGUUCACCCGCUAGUUCUGGAAUAGGCAGUCCGAUGGCGUCUUCUGCAAUAACCAAAAUUCACAGCAAGAGAUUCAGAGAAUAUUGUAACCAAGUUCUAAGUAAAGAAAUAGAUGAGUGCGUGACUCUCUUAUUGCAAGAGCUUGUCAGCUUCCAGGAACGGAUUUAUCAAAAGGAUCCCAUGAGAGCUAAAGCAAGGAGAAGACUUGUUAUGGGACUGCGUGAGGUUACUAAGCAUAUGAAACUGAACAAGAUCAAGUGUGUAAUCAUAUCUCCCAACUGUGAAAAAAUCCAGUCAAAAGGUGGACUAGAUGAAGCUCUGUAUAAUGUAAUAGCCAUGGCACGGGAACAAGAAAUUCCUUUUGUCUUUGCUCUUGGCCGUAAAGCUCUGGGCCGUUGUGUGAACAAGCUGGUUCCUGUUAGUGUAGUGGGCAUCUUCAACUACUCGGGUGCUGAGGACCUAUUUAAUAAGCUGGUGUCACUGACUGAAGAGGCCAGAAAAGCCUACAGAGAUAUGGUUGCUGCAAUGGAACAGGAACAAGCAGAAGAAGCCUUGAAGAAUGUCAAGAAGGCACCCCAUCAUAUGGGUCAUUCUCGGAACCCCUCUGCAGCGAGUGCUAUCUCGUUCUGUAGUGUUAUUUCUGAACCCAUAUCUGAAGUGAAUGAGAAGGAAUAUGAAACAAACUGGAGAAAUAUGGUGGAAACAUCUGAUGGGCUAGAAACAUCUGAAAAUGAGAGAGAAUCCUCAUAUAAGACUGUGGGACCAGAAAAAGCUGGUAAUGGUCAAAUUGAAAAAGCCACUCUUCAUAAACAACCACUUCUGGCUACAACUGGCACUACCUCAGCAACAAAUCAUGGAAAAUCCACACCAGGUGACAAAGAUGAGGCAAAACCAGAUGACAAUCUGGAAUGGGCCUCACAGCAGAGUACAGAAACAGGAUCACUGGAUGGCAGCUGCCGAGACCUUUUGAAUUCCUCCAUGACCAGUACCACCAGCACUCUUGUACCAGGAAUGCUAGAAGAGGAAGAGGAGGAGGAGGAGGAGGAGGAUGAAGAUUAUGCCCACGAACCAAUUUCUGUAGAGGUUCAGCUUAAUAGCAGAAUUGAAUCUUGGGUUUCAGAGACCCAGAGAACUAUGGAGACUCUUCAGCUUGGGAAGACCCUUAGUGGUGCCGAAGAAGACAAUGCAGAGCAAAGCGAAGAGGAAGAAAUAGAGACUUCUGAGCAGGCUGAUCCAGCCACUGAUGGAGAGGAAUGGACAAACGAUAAGCAUACAAUUAACACUCAACACAAACCCACCAUCUGCAGUUCUUUGAAUAAAGAACACGCGGAUUCCAUCUACAUGCCGUAAAAAUAAGCAGGAACUCAGGAACUUUUUAGAA